GUCAUGGUAGAGUAUAAUAAGUUAAUUAAAACAGAGAAUGAACAUUUAUAAUGAACUAGACAACAGCCACUCCAGGUAGAGUCAGAGCCAUAUGUUUAGCUCUUUACCAAGCAGAGAUAUUGCUAUAGCAAGCUAAUUACAUCAGAUAUGGCACAUUGCCACUGGGUCUUUCAGGAUAUGGACCAGCAAUGAAGGACAUGGACAAGAAGGAACAGGAUAAAGCUGUGAAUACUAUUAGUGCUGGAUGGGGAUGGUAUAUGUCCGCUCUCCGGCGAUACCUCGCGGUCACAUAGAGAAGCUGCAUCAGUUUCAUAACAGCACUUUUAUUUUGACAUUAUAACAACCCGGAAGUUGGUUGUGCGACCGACAAAUGGCAGCCGCCGGUAACUCGAACACACCGAUGUGUCCACGGGUUAAAACUAGAAACACAAACAAUUGUACCCCUCUUAGAGCUCUGCCAACUGUCUUGCUGGUAAACAACUUUACUUAAUUGCAAUUUCCAAGACGCUGGAGAGUUUAGCCUACAGCUAAGUUAGUUAGCGCAUGCUUUUUUUUGCGAUGGAUCUGUUGGAGCCUCCAACGCCGGUGAAGGAUAAUGCUUCCUCUCCUUCGGAGUCCAAAGCCAAGAACUGCGAUCUGACCCCCGCAAUGAGAGCCAAGAUCGAACGAAACAGACAGCGGGCUCUGAUGCUGAGGCAAGCCCGACUGGCCAGCAGACCAUCGGCAGGGGAAGGGGGUGGAACCUCGGCUAAAGUCGCUAAGAUAGUCGACUCUGGAGGAGGUUUCUUCAUUGAUGAAGAAGAGGAGGGACAGGAGGAGCAAAGGACAAAGGAAGUGGUGCAUCAACCAGCCCCGGUGAUGGAGGCAGACUAUCUGCUGUGUGAUGACUGUGACAAGCCGUUUAUGGAUUCCUACCUUAGCAACGGCUUCGAUCUGGCAGUCUGUGACAACUGCAGAGACAACGAGGUGAAACACAAGCUGAUAUCCCGUACGGAGGCUAAGCAGCUCUACCUACUGAAGGACUGUGACCUGGACCAGAGGGAGCCAGUGCUGAGGUUUGUCCUGAGGAAGAACCCACACAACCCUCAUUGGGGAGACAUGAAACUCUACCUCAAGCUGCAGGUGGAGAAGCGCUCCUUAGAGGUGUGGGGCUCUGAGGAGGCCCUGGAGGAGGCCAAGGAGGCCAGAGAGGAGAACAGGGAGGUGCAGAAGCAGAAGCGCUUCAACAAAAAGGUUAAAGAGCUCCGCCGUGCAGUGAGGAGCAGCGUGUGGACAAAGGACACCAGCGCUCACCAGCACGAGUACGGCCCUGAGGAGAUAGUGGAUGAAGAGGAGGAUCUCUACAGGAAGGUCUGUAACACCUGUGGACACGAACUGACCUAUGAGAAGAUGUAGCCUAGUGUCCUUUAAACCGUAUCCCGGAGGCUCACAGCCUUGAGUUAUUUUUUUUUGUGGACCACUGGUGAUACACCUGACAUGUCAACUGAGAUUCAAAUGACCGAUACUUCAAGACGGCACGGAGGCCUACCUGAAAUCAUCUCAGCACGUGUCAUACACAAAGAAUCCACAAGAGGGCAUAAAUACAUCAACACAUUUUUUUUGUUUUACAGAGAAAUGUUGUCCUGCUCAGUCUGGUCAUGGCUGUUAUGUUAUAUUAUCAACUGUUAUAUUAUCAACUGUCUAGCAUGUUAACUUCCAUUUUGUAAUGUAAUGUGUAGAAGGAUCUGCAUGUGCAAAAUAAAUAUAUUUUUCCAUAAUGUGA